AUGUACGAUAUGCCAGACAAGACGACCAGUGAAAACAGUCGUUUUAUCCCGCGACUAGGGCUUUUGCGCGAGGAUGAAGUUCUGGAGUUGGAACGGCGAAAGCUUUACGAUAGUCGUGUGCAAGAAUUUUCGGCGCUGGGCCGUGAUUGGGUCGAACCUGUUAUUACCACACCUCUCGGUACUACUGUUUCAAGCCUGGAUGAUGAGGGGAGGCAUGUCAUCGACGAGGCUGGACAUGGGAUGGAUGUGAUGGGGCAGCAAAUUGCGGAGGUGUGGGGGUUGGAUGUAGAGUAG